AAGAUAUGACAAAGCAGUCGAGAGAUUUUAUGUAUAAAUAUGAAGGAAUUAACAAAUCACUAAGACUUUGAGCAGAGUACACGGCGGCAUGCUUCACGUCCGAUCCUCAGCAAGCUUCAUACUCUAGUUGUAUUGCUGACACUAGCGAGCAAGGGUUAAUGAAAUACGUGUCAUCAGCUACAUGCCAAAUCAGUUACACAAUAUUAAAACCUGAAAACAUCAGCGUAUAACUACCGAUCAACGACAGUGUUUAUGUUUUCCUACACACUACAUGGCAGGACAUAGCCCCUACAUGGAUCCUGGACCAUUUAACUGGAUAUAAAGUGAACCCUCUUCCUUUAAACUAUCACCAGCAUGAACUUUUAAUCAAAGAACAGGAAACAGAAUUUCCUACCUGUUACUUGUUAUAAAAGCAAGUCCUUGGCUUUGUAACCUCAGUUUUUUUUUUAAAACACGUGAGAUGGAGUGAAAAUGCAAGCUAAUACGAAACCUUGUAGGGAUCCAUGGAUUAUAUAUAUACGAUAAUUCGUGUGAAACAAUGUGCUGUACUUGCUUUCUUACUGGUAUAUUCUUGAUGCUAUAUUUUUGUUCCGGUUUUACACAACCUACGUGGAAACACGGACGCCGGGCCCUGAUGUUGGAACCCCCUCAAAGAAGCUCCCUUUGGAGGUAUGGAAGGGAUACGCCACUUAAUAUCAACGAUAGUGCCCUAAACUGCGGGGGAUUUGAGAGACAAUGGGUUCGAAAUAACGGUGCUUGUGGAAUUUGUGGUGACCCAGCAGAUGGUCAACAGGAACACGAUGAAAAUGGAAUCUAUGACAGCAAUAUAAUUGUCAAGAAAUACACAGAGGGUGGUUAUGUUAACGUUACUGUGGAAGUGGAAAGUAACAUGCUGGGCUUCUUUGAAUUCAAACUCUGUGAACGAAACUUCCCAGACGCUCCUCUUACAGAGAAGUGCUUUGACAAAAAUCCCCUCUGGAUAGAAGAGUCGUGGGAUAAUAAGUAUUACAUUGGUAGUCAUGGUGGAAUAUAUGAUAUUCAUAUUCGGCUUCCUGAGAAUGUUGUCUGUUCCCAUUGUGUUUUACGGUGGAAAUAUAGUACAGGACACAGAAUGGGAGGAGAAAACGGUUGUCAACCUAUGGGGUCAGGUAGACAAGAGCAGUUUUAUAAUUGUGCGGAUGUAGAAAUUGUACCAAAAAGUAAGGAUGCUAUGUAUGAACGUCCACUUUUAGCGGUACACGAGAAUAUUUACCUUGUGCCACAUGAACUUACUUAUAAUCUGACUAAGGAAGAAUUGGAAAUAUUAAAAGAGGGAAUACGAAAAAUUACCCCCAUGAUGAACAAAACAGUUCCAAACACGCUGCCACUUUCAUAUGAUAAUCUUAUUGGUAAGCCUAUGUUUGACCUGCAAAGUUUUUGGUAUAACAAUACCAUCCAAGGUGAAACUCCCCAUGAUCACACCCAUACAGUGCCAAGCACAGACAUUAAAACACCUCCCCCCGUCAGACCAGUUCAGACCGUCCCACCACCAGAUAUAUUCCGACAGGCCCUACCGCCACCACCGCCCCAGAUUCCAUUUGAAGAUGGAAUUAACGAAUCCAGAAUAACGGGUGAUACAAGCAGUGAUAAAAGUCGUUUUGUGCCUUCCCGAGAUAGUCCCAUGUAUGCAAUUGGAGAUUCUUAUGUGUUUCCUGUGUUUGAAAGUAAAACAAGACAUAAACAAGUAACCACAAUCAGACCUAUGUUGGCUGAGAACAAAGUCACAACUACUGAGGAAGUUUGUAAUGUGAAAUCUCCCAAAUUCCAUUGUGAAGGUAAAGGUCAAUAUAGGGACACCAAAGGAAUUAAAGAGUGGUGCCUGAUAAACUGCCAGAAAAACAAUUGUGUUGAUUUCAUGUGCAACUGUGGAUGUCAUAAACCUGUUAAGAAACGACAAUGUACUGCAAAUGGUCCCUUCCAGAUGCUACAUAACAUGAACGAAUGGUGUAAAAGCAUGUGUGAGGCAGGCAGGUGUCCCCCGAAUCUAUGCAAUGUUAAAACCUGUUUGCCUACCCCAAGAUAGCAGAUUAAUUUUGGGGGAAAAUGACUAGUGUCUUGAAGUUCAGACACUUUAAAAAAUCGAAUAAAUGGAAUAAUCCAAUGAUUAUCAGCAACAGACUACAGGAAGAAUAUUUUUAGUUCAAAAUACCGUGUCUUUUUUAUGAUGU